CUGCUUUUGUUUUCAAUCGAUCAUGGAGGAUUGAACUCAGGAAGUAACCCCGCUGUCUCCAGAAAGCCUCCAGACCUUUGGCCAUCCUGUGAGAUUUAAGUCAACAAGACAGACCCACUAGCAUUCAAGGGGAGAUGAAGCCGGAUGGGGUUGCCACGGCGGCACUGGAGCCAAUGGAAACAUUGGAAUCCAAUCCAGUAAAUGAGGCAGCACCAGGCGCGGGCCAGGAGCCCAACGAGGCAGCCAGCCCAGCGGAGGAGGAGAUGGCACAGCAGCCCGCAGCAGAGACGGACCAGGUGGAACCCAAGCCAGAAAAGGCCAAGGAGACCCCAGCUGCUAAGACCAGCAACAAGACCUCAGGAGACGCCAAAGGCAAGACCACCAACAAGGCCACGGCCAAGACAAAACCCGGGACAGCCGCGCCAGCCAAAACCACAACUGGCUCACGGCCCAACACAUCCCAGAGCCGCCUCUCGAACGGCGUGUCCAAGCCCCAGACCAACGGUGUGGCGAAGAAAACCGCACCUACCGCGGACAAAAAGAGCACCCCGACUUCAGCGCCCCCCAAAAAACCAACAGGGACAACCGGAGCCCUAGCCUCCAGGACCGUCGCUAAAGUCGGCGAGAAGAAACCCGCUUCCCCUGCCACCAACGGCACCAAAUCAGCGGGCGGAACCACGGCAACCAAGAGGACACCAUCCACAACAGCUAAUGAUGUCAAAAGCAGUACUGCAGCUGCUAAAAGGCCCCCAGCUUCCAAACCUGCCUCUUCAACUCCCACCAAACCCAGCUCCACGGCCUCACCCAAGCCCCCGGUUUCCAAGACAACCAGGCCUGCAGCUGGCACAGCAGCAACAUCCCGUCCUGCCACAGGCUCAACCCGGCCACCCACUGCCAGUUCAACAACCAAGAGCUCCACAGCUACAGCCAAACCUGCCACCCCUAAAACCACCACUACCAAGCCUGCUGCCUCCAAACCAACCUCUACAACCCCCUCUGGUGGCAAACCUCCAGCAUCACUAACACCCAGAAACACCACUCCUGUUAAAAAAGAUGUUACCAAACCGGCCACCAAAAAGCCUACAGAGUCUCCUCUUACCCGCCCAUCCUCUACAACAAAGUCAGCAAAACCUGAGACCCCCAAAUCAGCUUCAAAGUCAGAUGUCACAGCCAAAAAGCCUACUGCUACUAAGGCUGCAGACACAAAGACACCCAGCCGGCCCAAAGAGAGUAAGCCCACGCCUUCCAAGCCUGCCUCCAAAACGGCUGCAAACAAGAACGCCAGCCCCAAGAAAACUGUGGGCAGCAGCACUCCGACUCCUGUCAAACGUGGGCCUAAAGCUGCAACGCUCGUUGAACCUGAAAAGGGAAUUGCCGCUGCUGUAGCUGCUGCUGCAGCUAUUGCUACUGCGGCAGCCACCAUUGCCAGGCCAGACGAGCCAGAACCUCCUGUAGAAGCAGCAGUGGAACCAUCUGCUGCAGAACAACUGUCCAGCCAGACUGAACCAACUCUUCUAGCAGAAAAAACUCCAGAGCCCACACCAGAACCAGUCCCUGCACCAGUAUUAGAAUCACUGCGAGAACCAACACCAGAACCCGUACGAGAACCAACACCAGAACCAGUGCGAGAACCAACACCAGAACCCGUGCGAGAACCAACACCAGAACCUAUACGAGAACCAACACCCGAACCUGUUCGGGAACCAACACCUGAACCUAUACGAGAACCAACACCCGAACCCAUGCGGGAACCAACACCUGAACCCAUGCGGGAACCAACACCUGAACCCAUGCGAGAACCAACACCCGAACCUGUUCGGGAACCAACACCUGAACCUAUACGAGAACCAACACCCGAACCCGUGCGGGAACCAACACCCGAACCCAUGAGAGAACCAACACCAGAACCCAUGCGAGAACCAACACCAGACCAAGAACGCGAUAUAUCUCCAGAGCCCCUUGAAGAACCACUGUCUCAACAAUCAGAAGAGCUAGAACUAGGAGCUGGACCAGUCCAUGAACCCCUCUCCAAUGUGAAGCUGGACCUUUACAACUUUGAUCAGUCUGCCAGCGACACAGGUCCUUCCCUGGGAACCACCGUCAUGUCUCCUCCCUGUUCCCCACCUGGCCCCGUCUCUCCUGUCAGAGAGCCACAGAAUGCCUCUUCUCUGCUGGACAUGCAGUUCCAGUCUGAUCCCUGGGACAGGAACCAGCCCCUAGCUUCAUCUGGCUUUGCCCCCCAGAGCCCCAUCAGUAUGAUGGGCUUCCAGACAGAAGAGGAAAAGGAGAAUAAAGAACAGGUUGAGGAACAGCAGACAAGGGAGGAGGAAGAGGAGGAGGAGGAAGAUGAGAAGGAGAACCUGUUUAUGCCUAGUCCCAAAGCUCCAUCCACAGAUGCCUUCAGUAUGAUUGCACAGCCUCACUUGUUGGGUACUUCACCCAUGGAUGACUUCACCUCCAGGGACAUGUUCUCCCCUCACGAGAAGGAGGAGGCAGUGGAAAAGGCUGAUGAGGAGAUCAAUGAGGAUGUUGACGAGGAUGAAGAUUAUGAAGAUGAGGAACAGAGGAGACUAGGCCAUCAGCCUUCAUCCAUUGCGACGGACAUGAGCACAUCUCAGCCCUCUGAGGAGUUCCAGGUCCGGUCCUCCGCCUUCGGUGGUUCAGGAGGCUGGCACGGUGACGACUUGCUGUCUGGAAUGGACUCUGAGGAUGUGAGCAGCUGCACCAGCAGUCGGCAGCAGGGGGUUUCUGACCUCAGCAGCACCCAGCACACUGCGAUACUGGAAGGCACCCAGAGCUCAGAUGCCCUGGUCGACUCAAGCCUCCGCGGCUCUGAGGGCGAUUGUAAUCUCAUGGGUUCUCCCAAUGUGGAAACCCUGGCCAACGAAGAAGAGGAAGACGAGGAUGAAGACGAGCGGGUGGAUGAUAUGGACUUGAGUUCGGAGAGGGUAGAGGAGCAUCACAAGGUGUUCCAGCAGCAGGAACAUGAUGAGGAAGAGGAGGAUGAAGAUGUAGAGAUGCACAGCGAAGGAGUAACAGAGAGCUGUGGAAACGUAGACGAAGAUGAUUUCAAUGAGGAGGAGCGUUUAGACAACCUCAAUCGCUCUGCUCCCCCACCUUGUGUCCCCCCCGCCUCUUCCUGGGGCCAGAGCAACCCCUUCGCUGAUACCUGGGCUCAGCCAGCCUCACUGCUCUCCGUCUCCUCCCCCAGCCCCGUCUCUGACCAUGCCGCAGCUGAAUCCGAAACUCCAACCCAGUCUCCUGCCCAUCCGUGUUGGGACAGCAGCGCCCCCUCGCUGGCUCCUCAGUCAGACCAGGAGUACCAGCAGCAUCCAUCGUCCCACGAGCAGAUGAAGAGCUCGGCCCCUGAGGAAGCCCAUGGGCUACUUCCUCCUGCGGCUGUAGGCAUGUCCCAGUCCAGCACCCUGAGUGGCACAGCUCUAGCUGCCCACAGUAGUAGUGAGACAAGUACACCAGAGGAGCUGCGUGACUACGACAGCAGCUCUGGGGUGGAGUCCCACUCUGACAAACAGCAGACCCCAGUGCCGGCUUCAGUCCAGCCCGACAUGGAGCAGGAUCUUGGUAUUCACCUGGAGAAAGGCGAUGGCGAAGAGGAAGAGGCUGAGACUCUCCCAGCUGACGAGGUCCUGGGAACAGGACCUCCAACUGCUCCAGCAUCCGUCCCUUCAUCCCCCACCACCUCCGGAGACGAGGCCAGCGACACAGAGGGCGAGAUGCAGAUAAACGACCCCGACGCACCGAUGAUGAUGGACGAGAGUGCCGGAUUUGAAAGCCCAACUCCCACCUGCAACUUGCCUGCUCUUGAUGAGGAUGAGGAGGCAGGAGACAUGCCAGCCGGAGAGGGCGAAGAAGACGGAGGUGGGGCCACCCCUCAGUCAGCCAACUCCGUGGCAUCAUACGGCUUCGACUGCACCACGUCCAACUCCAAUGCGCACUCCAUGGCCGAGAGCUGUGGAAAGAGCCCAGGAAUCUUCUCCCUGGAGAACGAGGAACAGCUGCCAGAGGAGGCCAAGGACCCCUCCCUCAUCAAGGAGCUGACCCUGCCAUCAGCUGCUGCCGCUGCCCAGGCCGAGGACCUGCUGGGUAGACCCGUGGACCUGAUGCCUUUGGGAGACAAACAGCCCAGUCUAGACGACCACCACUACAUGCUGGGGGGAAAAUUCUCAGCAGACCAACUGGAGGAGGUGGAUCCUUUGGAGCCCAGCCACCACCUCGGGUCCCAGGAAACUGGAGACACCGGCGACCAGCCCCCCUACUACUCUACCAUAUGUGAUAAGACUGAUAGUUUUCUGGCAGGUAACGUAUAAGUCCCUCCUAUUACCCCCCCGGAAUGCACCUUUUCCCCGCAACCUUCCCCCUUUACCUGUUGUUCGUUUUCUCUCCAGUUGGGUUAGAUGGCUUAGAAGAAAAAAAGGAGAGCAAGAUUGUAGGAAAAGAUUUUAAAAAAUGAACAAAGGAGAUGGAAAAAAAAUGACUGUAGCAAUUUUUAAAUGAAGCCUCCCUCUUUCAUACUGUUAUGGUCAUGGUUUUGAGUGUACGGCUUAAACUCCUUUAUGUACAAUAGCUACUACCAUUUUCUAGUAGAAUGUUCUUUUUAAGUAACACUGCAUAUUCUGUAGCCCCUGAUGGGGUAUUGACUGAUUGGUCCAAUGUGACUGAGCUUUUAAACCGAAAAAAAAGAACAAAAAAAAAAACACAGAUGGAAUGAAAUGGACUCAUUGUGUAUUUAUCCUACUGUUUUUACCGAUCAAAUGUCAAUGAUUUUUGUUUUUGUUUUGUAUUUGCUUAUUUGUUGUUUUAUUUUCUCGUUUGUUUUUUCUGUUGAAACCUGGUCCUCCCUACCUUGUGUACACACGCUCCAUGUUCAACAGCACCAUAGCGAUAGUCACAUGCUCCUUCUUAAAAGUUUGUGUUCUUGUUUUCAAGACUUUUAGCUAUCAAAAUAAAGGCUAGAUAUUAACACGGCUGUUUCAGCCUUACAGAUUUGUUGAGGUAGGUAUGGGAGUAUUAGAUUGCAGUUGGUGAAGUUUUUAAUGUGUGCUUCAAGAGGUUCUACGCUCUUUGCAUAGGUUGUUACGGUAUUAAAGUGCAGUCACGUACAGUAUGUGUUUCAGGCAUUUGGUUUUAAGUGGCUAAGCUUUCAAGCCUCAGUUAGCUGAUGAUUUGUGUUCCAGAAGAGACUAACAACUAGCCUUUUAUUUGUGAUGAGACCCUGCAUUGUCCUACAUCGCUAUCACAGUUGAGCUUUACACUUGCUCAAACGUUUCAUAGUGGGCGUUUGGUUUACUAUUUCAGCAGUAUAUUGCAUGUUUAACUAACAAGACUGUGUACUACCUGAUGAUACAAUUCUACACUAGACAUGUUCAUAAAUGAAUGGUUCACACUAGGUUAUCUGUCAAAAUUCCAUUAAAACAUCAUUG